AUGCCCAUCGUACUCAUCGUGGGCGGCCACGGCAAGGUGGCCCUCGAGAUCACCAAGAUCCUUGUUGCGGAGAAGGAGCCCGCAUACACAGUGCACAGUCUCAUCCGCAACCCAGACCAGUCCGGCGAGCUUCAGAAGCUCGGCUCCUUCCCCAUCGUCCAGGACGUCGAGAAAGCCACUGUUCCCGAGCUCCUCGGCACCCUGAGCCGCGUGAAACCAGACGUGGUCAUCUGGGCCGCCGGAGCCGGCUAUGGGUCGCCCCCGGAUCGCAUCGACGCUGUCGACCACAAGGCGGCUGUCAAGGUCAUGGAUGCGUUGGGGAUCGCGUCUCAGGCCGGAGAUGCGGGCAAGAGGCUUUUGAGCAUUAGUGCGCUUGACCUGCGUGAUCGGGAGAACAAGCCUGUGCCGGACUGGUACAAUGAUGAUGACAAGAAGCAGAGUGACGGGGUCUGGAAGGGAAUUGGCGAUUUCAUGAAGGCUAAAUUCGAGGCCGACAAGGACUUGAGGACUGGAAAUGACAAGCGGGGGCUGAACUACACAAUGGUCAGGCCCGGCGGGUUGAGCAACGACCCUGGCGAUGGAUUUGUCAGUGCUGGCAGGGUGCACCUGGGAAGGAUGGUAAAAAGGCAGGAUGUCGCCAAAGUUGUUGUUGAAUCCAUCAAGAACGAUGACACUAUUGGUCUCGCCUUUGAUGUAGUUGGGGGAGAAGACAUUAUCGCAGAGGCUGUCAAGGAAGUCGGAAAGGAGAGGAUUGAUACCUUCGAGGGCUACUACUAG